CUCACACGCACACGCACACAUACAUGCGUAGCAUACUACUCUUACUUCUACUGGGCCUCUGUGCAACCGCAGUUUCCGGGGCGAGCAUGCUACGGGGCAUCCCGGUUGUCGCAACGUCGUAUGCUACAGAGACCCCGCAGCCGCUCGGGCGGUGCUCUGACAACAGUCACUGCGACAUCGGAUCCGUCUGCUCGCCGCACGGCUCGUGUACGCCGCGCGACGCCUGGCCGGCCGAUACAGACCCUGUUGGCAUCCGAUGGACGCUCUACGCCGCAGUAGCGGCUGUUGCACUUGUGUUCUCGUACUUUUCGUUCACUCCGCGCGUGCCGAUGUUGCGAUCCCCGGCCAACCUCUUUGCUGCGAUGGCCUGCGCUCUAGCAGCCGUUUUUGUCGUCUCGAUCCUUCUCGACCCGACUCCCAGCGUCCAUGUCGCGCCUCUCUCCCCCGAGCUCCUGGGCAACGCCACAUGCGUCGAACGCUACGAUCCAAGCUGUGCUCCGUUUGUUUGUGAGACCCGGGCUGGCCACUGUCUCGCCAGCUGCUCCUCGCAUGUCGACUGCACCGAUGUUGGACUCGCCUGCGUCGGCGGCGAGUGCGUCGCUGCAACCUCGCUCACCUCUCAGGCGGUCUACACCUGGCGAGUGAUCCUGACGCGCGUGGUUGGUAUGUUGGCCCUUGUUGGGCCGUGGGUUUUUGUUGACAUCUUUGUCGCUCGCCCAUACCUGUACAGCGUCGACUUUAUCGCCGUCCCGGUCUACGCCUUCUUCGCCUGCCUCUGGCUCCUUGCUACCGCCUACACCGCUUCGUCUGUCGGCUACGUGCACACGCCGCCGCAGUACGAAAAGUAUUCAACCCGCUACUUUAUGUGGUCGCCUUCGGUGCCGUUGGACCUGGGCGAAGAUGCGUUUGCCUACUUCGCCUCGUAUGGCCUCAUCGCCCGCGCCGUCGCCACGCUUCUGCCAUCGGCAGCUAUGGUACUCGCAACAUCCUGCACGACUCGGCUUGUUGGUGCCCGCGCUUACCGUCUGCGUGCUCUUCCGCUCACUAUCGCUGUCGUUCUCUCCAUUGCUAGCGCCGCACUUGGCAUUCCGCCGCCAACUGUGUUUGUGCUCGUCGCGCUCGUUAGCAGCUACAUGCAGCAUGCCUGGGAUGACUCGUCGAUCCGGCUUCCGGCAGCCUUUUUUGCGCUCGCCGUCUUUAGCUACCCAGGCGCGGUCAUGCUCGACUUCAUGACCACCAUGCCAUCUGAAGUCACGCUUGGCUUUGCGCUGCUGCUGGCCCUGGUGGCGGGUCUGCGGUUCCGACCCAACAAUCGCUCAGUCCGGGCGUGGCACUGGCACCGUGCCGCUAUCCUGGCCGUCACCGUAUCCAUCGCCGUUGUCAUGUGCAUCACCUAUGCCCCCUCCAAACCGCCGACGGAUGGCCUUCCAUGCUCGCCGCAGGCCAUGUCACACUGCUACCCGCUGCGGUGCGAGUAUGCGGCCGGUGCAUGCAUCAGCUCGUGCGCCGGGAGUGACGAAAACUGCAUCGCCGGCUUUGUCUGCUCCGACGUCAGCGGCCGGCCGACCUGCGUCCCUCUCGUUGAUGCCGAAAACCCAGAAGCCGAGCACUCCAAAUCGUGGCUCUAUCCGUUCUCGAUGGUCCUCGUCCUGCUCGCCAAUCUUUGUGCGGCAGCGGGCUCGAUCUGCUUCGUUUUUGUCGCUGGCCCACGGCUCUCCGUUCGCGCCCUCGUCGCUGUUUCUGUCGUUGCGCUUGGUCUUGCUCUUCUCUUCUCGCUGUUUGGCAUCAACAUGCUCGCGCUGCCGACCUCGUUCAUCUUUGCUCUGUUCUAUGACUCGAUACUCACCGCGACAACAAUGGCAGUCACGCUUGCGUCGUCGCUCGCCACUGCGGCGACAACUUGGCUGUCGGAGCCUGACGCGGUCGUCGUGGCCACACCCAGUGCUGCGACAUCCAACGCAACAAGCGUCGAAUGCGCCGCCACCUUUGCCGUCGCCUGCUUUCCGUUCACCUGCGACGUGACUGCGGCCGCGUGCAAGAGCGUCUGCGCCUCCGAUGCCGAGUGCUUCCUCUCGACUUUGUGCAUCGACGGUGUGUGCCAGGCGAGCGCCACCGCCGAGCUUGCAGUCUCGGGCUGGACAGUUGCGGUGCUUGUUGCCGCAUGCCUUGCGUUUAUCGCUGUCUCGGCCCUGCUCCGUGCGUGGGACUCGGUCGGCUACGGCACGGUUGCGCUGGGUAUGAUCAUCGGCAUGCGCGUUGCCAUCCGAAAGCUGCCGGGUGUCUCGGUCGUCGACAAGAUGGGCGACGUGACGACUAGCAGCGACUACGCCACCAUCUACGAGGUCGCCCAGGCUCCGCUCGCGUUCUUCCGCUCACCUCGGGCUCUGAUUCCGUCGCUAAUGCUUAUCUUCUCGCACAAGCUGGCGAUUACGGUCGUCACCACGUACCUGGCCUUGGGUGCACUGCGCGGCAGCCGGUACUUUCCCGAGGCGCCUUGUGGUUGGCCGCGUACCUGUUCCCGAAGCUCCGCUGGGGGACUGCUGCUUUGAUUGCAUGGCGUACGCUCGCGGUAUACCGUGCCGACGUGCCCGGUGGCCUCAACCCGCGGCGCUCGCUGUCGCGUGCCCACCGCAUCCGCCGGGUGGCGUUGCUGCUGCUCGGACUUGGUGCUGCGCUGGCGCCCGAGCUUCACCGGCCUCGUCCGGAGUGAGCGAUCCUGUACGUGCGCCGUCAGGCGUGAGGGCGACUGCCUUUGCCGG